AGAUCCCUAGUUUUGCAGCAUUAAUAAAAAGGAAAUAAACGGGGAAAAAUUAAGAAAAUACGUCCGCACGACAAAGAAAAUUGAAAUUAUUUGACUUAAAGUGGUCACAGAAAAGUAAAAUGAGUGAAUUUUUUAAAUCUGCUAUGGGUUAUUUUAAUAAUCCAGCAACAACGACCACAUCACAACCGAAUAGUGGUGGUGGCUCAUCAUCCACAAAUGUCAACACAUACAGAAGUUCAUCAUCGUCGUCACUGCAGGAAAAUGAAUUCUGUGGCCAAAUAGUGGACAUCAAUGGCCGGAAAUUGCGUGUAAAACGAGUGAUUGCAGAAGGCGGUUUUGCAUUUGUCUACGUUGUUCAAGAUAUACAAACGGACAAAGAAUACGCACUCAAACGUCUUAUUGGUGCUGAUAAGAAGGCAUGCCAGGCCAUCAUCAAUGAAAUCAACACACACAAACAACUGACGGGUCAUCCGAAUAUUGUGGGCUUUGUUUCCGCAACAUUCAUUGAUAAGACCACUGGACCACAACAGAGGGCCGAAUAUUUACUGCUAACGGAAUUAUGUAAAGGUGGUUCAUUAAUUGAUUGUUUGGGCAGUGCCCUGGAUCCGCCGGUUAUUUUACGAAUAUUUUAUCAGGCCGCCAAAGCAGUUGCUCACAUGCACUCGCAAUCACCGCCCAUUGUACAUCGCGAUAUAAAAAUCGAAAAUUAUUUACUAAGCGAUGACAAACAAUUGAAAUUGUGUGACUUUGGUUCGUCAACAAGUGAGAUUUUUGCCCCCACUUUGGAUUGGAAUGCUCAACAACGUAACACUUUGGAAGACCAGCUAAGCAGCGUUACAACACCCAUGUAUCGUGCUCCGGAAAUGCUUGACACCUGGUCAAAUUAUGAAGUUGGUUUGAAAGUAGACGUUUGGUCGUUGGGCUGCAUUUUGUAUGUGCUGUGUUUCCAAAAGCAUCCUUUCGAAGACUCAGCCAAAUUGCGUAUAAUCAAUGGCAAUUUUAUUAUACCCACAGAUUCGAGAUUUAGUUGCUUUCACGACAUCAUCAAGGGUUGCUUGACCGUUAAUCCAGUUCAACGUUUUAAUAUAUCCACCAUCUUGGAUAGACUUGCAGCCAUUUCCGAAACAAUGGGCUGGAGUUUAAAGGGUCCUCUAGAGUUGCAUGGUAAACCUGUAGUUACUACCACGCCUGAGCAUCAUGCCUCCUCAUCGCCUCAUAUUCCCGUGGGGGUUGCUCCGCAGCAACGUUCCUCGGCGGGUAAUUCAAUAUUUUACGAUGAUCCUUCUUCGGCUUCCAAUACACCACCUCAGACAACAAUGUCUUCUCAAUCUCUAAAUCAAAGUUCCUCAUCUGCAGCAGCAAAUUCAGCUCCCGCAAAUGGCAGUUUGCUUUCGUCCUUACGUGGUGGCGCUGGAAGUUUUUUGAAAAAUCUUAAAGACACUUCAUCAAAAGUUAUGCAGACCAUGCAACAGACAAUCGCUAGAGCGGAUUUGGACAUAAGCUAUAUAACGUCUCGUGUCCUAGUUAUGCCUUGCCCCUCCGAGGGAUUUGAGUCGGCAUAUAAAACCAAUAAUAUCGAAGAUGUGCGACUUUCCAUUGAAAGUCGUUUUCCCCCACAAAAAGUUAGCGUUUACAACUUUGGACCACGUUCCUGUCCACGCCUUGCUCCUCCUGUGAGGACUGUAGAGGCAGGCAGCAUAUAUGGUUGCUCACAGGCCAGAGCACCUAAUUUACAGGGCCUUUAUUCCGUGGCUGAAGAUAUGUAUGGUUUCCUUACAGCCGAUCCCAAAUCGAUAGUCAUCAUUCAAACUGGCGAUUCGGGUGGAUGUACAGCAGCAACUCUAGUAUGCGCCUUGCUCAUGUAUUCAGAUCUCAUCUUGGAGCCCGAAGAUGCUGUACAAGUUUUUGCCGUCAAACGGCAUCCCAUCAAUCUCAGACCCUCGGAAUUUCGUUAUCUCUACUAUUUAGGUGACAUAUUGCGUCCCACUCCUUUGCUGCCUCACUAUAAAAAUGUCAAUCUGAUUUCACUGAAUUGCCAACCUGUGCCUCGCAUGAGCAAGACGCGCGAUGGUUGUCGCAUUUACAUGGAGGUCUAUAAUAAUGAGCGUCUGAUAUUGUCCACCAUGCAGGAGUACGAAAAAAUGCGCCUCUACAUGGCUGGGCCGGGAAAAAUUACUUUACCCAUUAAUCUAACUGUUUGUGGUGAUUUUGUUGUGGUGCUAUAUCAUGCUCGUAAGGGUAUGGUUAGACCCCAGGGAAUAAAAAUAUGUCAAUUUCAAUUACACACUGGUUUCAUACCGGAACAGGAAACGUUGAUCAAUUUUACUUCGCAAGAUUUGGAUGAUUUGCCUACAGAUGCCGAAUGCUUAGCGCCUAACUUCGCCGUAUCUUUAUCUCUGGCCGUUAUGGACACUGAAACACCACCAGCGCGUAAUCCUCCUUGGCUGCUGGCCAAACCCAGUCGUAAUUCUUUUAAUUUAUUCAGUUCGCAACUGGAGUAUGAAGAAAUGAUUGAUAACUUCGUGGCAAAGCCCACAAGAAGCAUGCCGACAAAAGCUUCGGCAUCACCACCCAGGCCAGCACCCCCGGUCAAAGAACCUCCAUUGAUAAUGCCGGACAUAACGGAAAUAUCACACGAAUCUACAUUUACACAGCCGGAGCCAACUCCUCCCAUUGAUCUGCUUAACCUAAAUCAACCUUCAUCAACACAUCACACAUUGACUGAUCCACAGGCUACAGCCAUGCCCUCCACAGAUGCCAGUUUUGAUCUCUUGGGGGCAUUUGGGGAUGAUGAUUCUUCGGGUAUUGGCACUGCCCCCAUUCCCGAUAUAUUAGCAAACAAUUCACAACCCAAAUCGGCAGCAGAUUUGGAUGAUAUUUUUGGGCCGCUAAAUUCCCAUACCAAUUCUUCCUUCAAUUUGGAUUUCAAUGCAUUUACUUCACCAACGCCAGCAACUCAAGCUACAGCUUUCAGUGGGCCUAAGAUAACAACCAGUGUGUCUGCUUCCAAUGUGCCACCAUUUGGGGGCAAUAUACCCACAUUUACUACACAGAGCGCUGGUAAAGAACCAUCACCACAACAACAACAGCAGCAGCCCAAAGAUCCAUUUGCAGAUAUAGCUAACCUGGCCUCAGGGUUAAAUAUCAAUUUCACACCACAAACUCUGGGUGGAAAAUCUGCAGGUCAUACACCUGUUGGCACCAGCCCUUUUACCACACAAUUCUCCAGUCCUACGCACAACAACACCCCUGCUAACAACAGCAGUAGUAGUCAUGUGCGUAUGCCACCACCACAAUCAUCACAGACAUCAAAUACCGCUUCACCCAAUCAUAUGAGAUCUCCAAAUAAUUCGGCUACUUUUGGCAUACCACCCUAUGGAUCUCCAUCGCCACAACCUACACAAUCUUCAACGGCGGCGCCACCACCACCACCAUCAUCAUCAUCAUCAAGACCCGAUUACAGUAGAUCGCAUUUUGAACAACCAAAACCAGCAGGAGGCUCAUCAUCAGCAUCACAGCCACAGGGUAAAAGUUCUGACAUUUUUGCUGAUAUACUUGGUGAGCAGGGCUACAAAUUCACCAGUAAAGCCAACCAAGGACCUCGCUCAAUUAAUGAAAUGCGCAAAGAGGAUCUCAUCAAAGAUAUGGAUCCGAAAAAAGUUAUGAUUAUGGAAUGGACCGAAGGUAAAAAGAACAACAUACGCGCUUUACUAUGCUCAAUGCAUACCGUACUGUGGGCUGAUGCCAAAUGGACAAAAUGCGAAAUGUCUCAGUUGAUAACACCAGCGGAUGUUAAAAAGGGUUAUCGUAAAGCCUGUUUAGCAGUACAUCCUGACAAGCACAAUGGAACCGAAAACGAAGAAACUGCGAAAAUGAUUUUCAUGGAACUUAAUAACGCUUGGACUGAUUUCGAAAAUGAUGCCACUCAACAGAAUAUGUUCAAUUAGAACAUUUCUUUAAUAAAAACAAUAAUUUUGUUGCUCCUCUUUUCUCUUAUUAUUCUCAAUUAAAGUAACGAAAAGAAUGGCAAACAAGUCAGCCAACUCCUACUUCGUAUUACAAUAGAAAUGUUCUUAAUAUGUAUUAAGAAGAAAAAUAACAUGCUAUUAAAUUGCUUAAAGCUCUUCAAUUCUAAAAAUCAAAAAUACCCUUGUAUCACUAAAAGAACCUUUAAGAAAUUAUCAUUUCAAAACUGUAUAGAAAAAUUAUAGGACUUUAUUUACUUAAUUUCUAAUGCAUAUAAGUUAAAACGUAUAUUUCUAAAAACAAAUAUAUAAUUUAUUAUAAAAAAAACCUAUGAUAAUAGUAAAAUAUUUAUGUUGGAGAAACUCUCUCCACCCUUUUUUAGUUUUCUAUCUUUUCUGCAAAACAAACAAGAUCAUUGAAUUUUAGUGAAAAAAAGAAAAUAAAAGUAUUAAAUAUUUACGCAAAGAAAUUACAAAAAUACCUUUACAUAGUUAUAAGUUUUUAUUGAGAUAUGUAGUUAAAUUUAAAUAUAUAUAUAUAUAUAUUUAUUUAGAAAAGGAAGAAAGAAAGAACACAAAAACAGAACAUUAAAAAUUCCUAAACAAAUUUCCAAAUAAAAUUCAUUCCAAACUAAAAAGAAACAAAAUUUAUAUAUUUUUUCUCAUUUCUUGAAGCUAUUAUUUUUAAGUUCUUCUUUCUCACCUCUGCCACUACUAAACCCCUGUAAAUAGCUUUAUAAUUAAAACACACACACUCACACACGCAAAAAUCACCUCAUUGCAUUAGAGUACAUACCACUACAUAAUUCGCGAUUCUCUGUCUCCAAACGCAAACAAAUUCUAGAUAUUUUUGUGUCAAUGUAUAUACAUUUAAGGAAACGUUAUUACAUACAUACACAUAUUUAGUUAUAAAAGAGUAAAUGGAUCGUAUAAAAUUACAUAAAAUAUAUUUAAAUAAAUAUAAAUAUAUAUUUCAAAA